AGGUGUGUUUCCCCAAUUCAGCAGACCUUUUAUCGGCAAAUUUUGUUCGAGAAAAGCAAUUAUGGUUCCCCAAGAGUGGCUUGUUGAAGACGAGAGCGCCAAGGAGAUUCUCGAUAGGGUUCAGACGGAGCGGCCCUUCUUGCUUCUUCCUCUUCUUCAUCGGGUUCCUCUGCGCGUCGGCAAUGUCGUCGAUAUUGUUGGUCCUUCUCCUUCCGCCAAAACCCACAUCUUGAUUCCGGCUGCAAUCAACUGCAUCCUGCCUCAAGAGUCGGAUGGCGUCAAGUAUGGAGGACUCGGGCAUUUAGUGAUGUUCCUAGAUUUGGAUUGUCGCUUUGACAUUUUACGGUUUUCGGAAUUGCUCAAGCUUCGGAUCUUGGAAGCCAUAGGUAAACUUCUUGAGUUUUAAUCUGUAAAGAAUUGUUUGGUCUAGGAUUAUGUAUUUGGUUCUCUUCUUUUUAAUAGUGAUUGUUGUGCUAAUAUACUUAAAAGUAUUUUCACCCGCCAGAAAGCAAAGCCAAAAGAACUUUGAUGUAUCUGUGUUUCCUUUGUAGACUGCAGGGUCCUUUGAUCAGAAAGAGUUCUGACCAAUGGAUUACUACUUCAGUUUUUGAAUAUUUCCAUGUGCUACCUUAUGCGCAGGUGAUCAGAGAAUGUUUCUUAAGUUUUGUGAAAUUUCUCAACAUGUUAUCAUCAUCUAUAUUCUUUAAACUGCAAAAGUUAUAUGGAUUUUAUAAAGCUGUUCUUGAACUUUUUCACAUUUUAGCUUUACUUGCCAUCUUUUCACAAGCAAUAAAUUUUAAACAUUUAG